AUUUAUAAUGAGUGUAACAUUAAAAAACAGUAAUAUUUUGCAAUUUAACACAAAUACUCUGGAAAAUGUAAGAAAAGAGUUCAAUUUACACCAACCUGGGAUGAUGGACCAAACCAUCGACAUAUUGUAUGACUGGAUUAAAAAACAGGAACAUUUUGUGAAGAAGGAUUUUCCUCGAGAAUACUUAGAGCGAUUUGUCAUUUACGCAAAAGGUUCAGCGGAAAAAGCAAAAUUAAGAAUGGACAGACUCUGUACCAUGCGUACCAUGGCUCCGAACCUCUUUGAAAAAUGCCAUGCGAAAAAUGACUUCCCAGGUCUACGUGAUUUCUACAUAAAUGCAUUAAUGCCAAAAUUAACUGAAGACAACUACAGAAUACACGUUGCUAAGAUGAUGACUAAGAAUAUCACACCCUCUGGCUUCUUGAAGACGUAUCAACAUGCUACAAUAAUGUGUGAAUAUGUGACAGUUUAUGAUUAUUCGCAAGGAUUUUACUCGAUUAUGGACCUUAAUGAUGUUAAUAUGGCAGAUGUGAUCACCAACAUGAACCUAACAGAUUUUCGGAACAAUAUAUGUUUAUUUACAGAAUGCUAUGGAUUCAGAAUAGCAGGCAUAUUUAUUAUAUCUACUUCAAUGAUGAUAGAUGCAUUUGUAAAAAUCCUGAAGCAAAUAGUCAGUGACAAAAUUGGCCAAAGGAUCAGUGUUUUAAAAAAUGUUACGUCUUUACACCAAUUUUUACCUAAAGAAUUGCUACCGGAAGACUUCGGCGGUGAACAGAAAUCUGUGUGCGAAAUUUAUGAUGAAAUGAAUGAAGAAUUGUCUACCGAAGAACACGUAGCACAUAUGAAGGAAAUGCGACUAGCGUGUACAAAUGAAAAGCUGAGGCAAUCAGGCCGAUUUGAUGAAGAAUAUCUAGGAAUGCCAGGGUCUUUUAAACUUAUGAGUGUAGAUUAGGGUCAACUAUUUA